AAUAUACUGCCUCCCGUUUGAGCAUUUUCCAGAGAGUUGUGGAUUUGUACAGAACGUGUAAAACUGCAUUGAGGUGGGAGAAAGGGGGAAAAGAGGGAGCUCCGCACUGCUAAUGGAGAAGAGGGAGCUGCGGGAGAACAGGGAAAGCAACUCAAGGGGAGAAAGUGGAGUGGGGAGAAUAUGUCCACAUCUGAUAUAGCCCAUGUCCCCCCUCUCGAGGAACGCAUGGAGGAAGGGAGGGACCUACACUUAUGUACAACACUCAGAAUCGAACGGAAGGACAUUGGGGAAACUGGAAUGAUCUUUCUCACAUCAACCUUGGUGAACUCACAAUGUCAUCUUCAAGAGCUUUGGUUAGACAACACCGGGAUGAAUGAAAGAGAACUGCAGGUUAUGUUUCAAGUCUUUAGUCAGAAUCGAUCCGUGAAGUUUCUCAGUCUUUCCAACAAUAUUCUCACUGCUGGAGGGUUGAGAAGGAUUGGGGAGGGUCUUUCAAAUAGACGUUCCCCACUUUUGAGUUUUCGCCUCAUGAGCUGUUCGCUUGGCCGACCCCAGGCCGCCUCCCUGGUAACGGUGCUGAGGUCAACUCCCUCGCUGACUUCCCUCAACCUCGACAACAACCCCCUCAGCGACGCCGGGCUGCGGAUCCUCGUCCCGGCCCUCGCCUACCCGGGCUCCAGGCUCCGGACUCUCCGGCUGUCCACAGCGGGUUUAACCGCGGCUAGCGGCCGGGAGAUCGGCUCCAUUCUCCGCGGGAACGCCAGGCUACGCAUGCUGGCCCUGAAUUACAAUCGGUUGCUGUCGGAGGGAGUGCGGGGGAUGUGUAGCGUUCUCCCCGGGACGAGAUCGCGACUGAUGAGGCUGGAGCUGGAGGAGAACAGACUAGACGACAGAUGUUCACACCAACUCGCUGAAUCGUGCAACGCUCAUCUCUCGCUGACCGCUCUCUGUCUCAGUCGGAACUCAUUCACCGACCUCGCACUCCCUUCGUUCCUCAGACUGUGCGGUGUCUCCCCGUGUCUGCGGUACCUCUGGCUCAGUCGGAACAGCAUCAGCUUCAAAGGAGCGAAUAGCCUCCAGGACAGCGUGCCGGCCAGGGUGACUGUAUUUGUCUAGCGCCUGGAAUGUUGGAUUGACAAAUUUGUAACUACAGCCCUUCCCAUUGUAAAAGAACAGGUGGGGGGCACGGUGGCGCAGCGGUAGAGUUGCUGCCUUACGGCGCCAGAGACCCGGGUUUGAAGCUGACUAUAGCUGCUGGCUGUAAGGAGUUUGUCCAUUCUCCCCGUGAAUUCAUCAGUCUGAAGAAGGGUCUCGACCUGAAACAUCGCCCAUUCCUUCUCUCCAGGGAUGCUGCCUGGCCCGCAGAGUUACU